AACUGAGGCAUUCAAGGUAUUUUAAGGCAUGAUGAUGGAGAUGGAGACGUAGAUGGGAGAUGUACGGGCUUAUGCACUGAAUCCGGUAAAAGCUAAACUCCUUCCUUCAAAGAAGAAGCGUGUGAUCGAGACUACGGCAAGCAGCUCUUCUGCUGUCAAGGAAAUAGAAAAGACCAGCCGCGACGAGUUUUAUCCGAUCUGCCACUAUUUUUUUUUAAUUUGCUGUACUUACAUAUCACUAUCAUACCAUUUGCCUUAAACUCUACUCCCGCUUUUGCGUAUCACUUAAUUGCAUUCCGAGAUUCUCAUUGUUUAGAAGAUUACCAAGUACACUUCUAUCUCAUCAUGUAUCUCCAUAACGUGAAACUUUAAGAUAGUAAACAUAGUAGUUUGACUCCC